AUGAACGUCAAUUGCAAGACAUCUGAAGAACUAUUCAAUAAUAAUAAUGAAAAAUUUGGAAACCUCAGAUUGGGACCUCAGCUAAUGAAAGAUGUCAAGAAAAUGUUAACACAUCCCAUGCUCAAUCCCUACGAUAAAAAUGCAAUGAAGGGUAAUCUUAUUGUGAUGCAAGAGUAUAAGCCACCUUAUGGUCAACUUUUCCCCAACGAAGCAUUGAUUGCAGGACCAGAAAGAACCCCUAACAAUGUAUAUAUUCCUGCUAAGCAAUCACAAUUUACAAGUCAAGGUUAUAAUAUAAAUGAUAUAGAAUAUACAGCAUCUACACCUAAUCCUCGAUAUUUACCUGCAGCAUUCAAUUCAAUACAACAAUCGACAAUAAGAGAUACUGAAUUAUUCCAAAAACAAAGACAAAAUGGGCAAUACACUCAAAACAUUAUACCACAAAAUGAGCAAAUAAGGCAAAAAGCAUCAAUUCCUUCCAACACUCAUGCAGGGCAAUUUACUCAAACGUAUCAUAAUGCCAAUUUUCAAUUUACUCAACCUACACAAAGUUACAGUAAUGCAAAUAUACAAUAUGGGCAGAAACAAGUCAGUAACAUAAGACCAACUCAAACAGCAAAUAUACAUUACACUACAAAUACUGAUAGUGGUCAACUUAAUCAGCAGAUUUCUCAGUAUAAAAACAAUAAUGGUGCCUCUAGAUUGGUUAAUGAAAAACAAUCUCAAUUUGAUAGAGCCUAUUUCAAACAACAAUAUAAUGCAAAACAGGAAAAUCAACCAUACACAUACAGUCAACCGCAAUUACAGUUUUCGGAUGAAAUAAAUGGUAAAAGUGGUUCUGAAGCUAAACAAAAUUUGGUAAGUGAAAAUGAAGUUCCUUCUACUGUCAUUACAAAAACACUAACUUUAAAAAGAAUCAUUCCAGACCCUAAACACGGUAUUCCAAAAUCACGUAUAACAGUAAAAACAUGGAUCGUUAAACCUUCUAAAUCAGCUAAAUUAAUAAACUCCACACCCUACACUUAUGAUAAACCAACCCAAUCUCCUAAACAGAAACUAAGAGAUGCAACUCCCUAUGUAUAUAAUAGACCAACCCAACCUCCAAUGCAGAAAUUAAGAAACACCACUCCAUAUGUAUAUAACAGACUAACCCAACCCCCUACACAGAAACUAAGAGAUACUACUCCCUAUGUAUAUAAUCGCCCAACGGUAUCUGAAAAAUUAAUCACAGAACUCGACCAACCAUACACUUACAAUAAACCUAAAUCAGCAAAACAAUUGUUCAGUUCAACUUCUACCACACCCAGGCCCAUUUUGUCACGUCUAUAUCUUUCCCCUAUUUCAAUGCCACCCACACAAGCUUCCCGACUUUAUCUUGCUCCGACAACAUACAAUCCAUCGUCUAGGUUAUACUUGCCACCUGAGGACAAUACAGUGUUUUUGUCAAGGCAAUAUCUAGCACCAUUACAAACAGUGGAAUAUGAAAGUGACCAGUUGCGAGGAGCACCGACUACUCCGCAACCAACAUAUGUUUUACCUAAUAGUAAACCCACCUUAUCUCGUUUACAAGCAUCCUCGCUUAGCCCUGUUCGUAAUGAUUUAUCUUUUACGGAUAUAUUAACAAAAGAAAAACUUGACCUAACAGUUGAGGAUAUUGUUAAAGAUACUAGUAAAUAUUUAAAUACAGCAAGCCCUGAAUAUUUUGAACAAAUAAAGGAUUUAAACUCUAUUAAUUAUCCAGAAGAAAACUACUUACCACCUGAAACCAAAACUGACAGUGGUGAAAGCUUAACUUCAAUAACUCCCCCCACAACAGCGAAUCCUAAAAGCUCGCGUUUAAUAUCAAGUCCUUCUACAGAUCUUGAACCUCCAGAGGAACCAUCCAAUAGUAAUGAAAACGAACACCAACAAUCUAAUCAAAUUUCUAAUUUACCAUUUUUCAAAGAACCUUUCGCUCCUACUAUAGAAAGAACAGUUUCAUUGAAAAUAUCUAUUCCUGAAAAAAUCGCUACUUAUUUAUUCAAAAAACACAACGAAAGUGAUUUUGAUAAACUAGAAAUACUUAACACAGGAAGCAGCAACUACUUAGUACUAACAAAUAAUAAUGUUAACAAAAAAAGUAAUACUAAUUUUAUUCCUAUAGGUAAAUUAGUAACUGAUAAACAGUCAAAUAUUUCUACUUCACAGGCUUUAGUGUUUAACUUGCUGGCUGAUUCCAUCAACGUAGCAAAAGAAUACAACAACGCCCAAAAAGACACAAUCGAAUCAUCACCAAUACAGACACAAUUUAAGAACAUAAACAAUGAAGAAUUGACCCAAAUCACUGACAAAAUUUCAGAACUUACUUCAUCACAAUAUUCACAUAACCAAGAUAAAUACAAAAGUGCCAAAAUAAUUUCAACAACCAACAAUAACAGAAACCAUUACAUCGAUUCAUCUCAAAACCAACAUUCACAAAAUCAAGUUCCACAGCUUCAAGUAAACAAAUACAAUUCGAAUCCUUCAAGAGUAUCUAAUGAAAAUCAACCACAAUCAACACUACAUCGAAAUAGAGAAAAUGUUCAAACUGACUCUAAACAAACUUACAGUGGGCAGUUAUACCAACUUCCCGUACCAGAUGUUACUAAACAAAUUUACAAUCAAAAUUUUAACUCUCAGCUACAUAAUGGAGGUAAAUCCAACGCUGAUGUGGAAAUAAUCAAAUCUGAGUCAAUACCCGUACCACCAGCAGCUAGAUUGCAAGCAACACCUACGAGCGAAGUUGAUUCUUUUAAUAGUCAAGAAAAUUUUAGUAAAUUUAUAAGUAGUAAUAAUGGUAUAUCAGCUCACCUGCAAGAUAAAAUUGUAGGUACAAUACCACAUCCAUUACAAGACAACAAACUUGUAACUUAUAAAAAAGAUGAAUCGUACUACGUGUAUACUAAAUUAAAUAACAAUUUUGCGACUAAUAUCCAAACUAAUGGCAAUAAUCAGCAAUCGAAUAACGCUGCUCGACAGCAAAAUGCAAGACUAAUACAAGAGAACAAUUUACCAAAUGGUGUAACUUUUCAAUUAAUCCCUUCAGUAAGUUAUCAAUUAGAAGAUGAAAAAGAACAGCAAAAACUAUUCAAUGCUUUCCAUAUUGAUGAAAAUGGAAUUCCAAAACAGAAGGGUAAUUUAAUUGGUUCGAAUCAACCUACUCUCACUUCUGAUGUAAACUAUUCUGUUGAUCACACACUUCCAACCAGAUUAAUAAACAAAGGGAACACUGAAGUGAGUAACUUAUAUGCAGGUCCAUCUUCAUAUUCGGCUCCUCAAGCUUCUAUUGGGAAAUUAGUAACGAACCCUAAUUUGAAUUCCAAAUUAGAACUGGAAAGCAAUGACAAUGGUUACCCUAGAAUAAAUCCAAGGCCUCAGUUCACGUUUUAA